CCGCAGCGCCUUCCCCUGGAGGAAGGGGAAGCCUGUUCCACGAGUGGGAGCGGCCUCUCCUGACCAACUGUUGCCCAUUUCUUAAAACCUAUUCGGACCUCACAGACGCCAUAAAACCGCACGACCUGAUACUUAUUUGUAAUGGGUUAAAUAAACUCAUGUGCCGCCAGGACUGCUGGAAUCCAGGGAGUGGGGUGAGCUCCUCUCUGUCAGCUCCAGCUUCCUAUGCGGAGACAUGAGAGGCCUCCCACAGGAUGGUAAAACAUCCGAGCGUCCCCUGGGUAACGUCUUUGCAGACGGCCAGAGGUGGCUUGCAGUUUCUCAAGUCGCUCCUGACACGGAAAAAAGACUUAUUUCAGCCAGAAGAAGGCGAGAUCCCCGUCUAAACUCUCACGGGACCUAACACGGGCAAUAAGGCAACUCCUUUGCUAGUAAGCAAGGUGGAUGCUGCCCGCCAGAAACAGAAACGCAAUCCGGACAAGCCCCAGAGCUGGUCAACUCAGCCCUGUGUUAGUAGUAAUGCCACAACAUCCACGUCCAUCGAUUCCCACUUGUCCCGUCAACGGAGGCAGGAAAGGCCUUCCCUGAGGGCUUCUGUCCCACCUCCCCAUAGCUCUGACUCAUCAUCAGGGAAAGCCCUGCCUGUCGGGAGUAGACCACGCCGGCAGAAGGCCCUUUGGCCAGCCUUGGCUCUCCUCCUCCUCCUCUUGCGCUCUCCUUCCUUCCAGGAACCAGGCGCCUCUCCACGUCCCCUUGCAGCCAGUCUUGCAGCGUCAGAGGCGGCGUCCUCUCUCCACUCCACGGGCGAGGGCCCGACUUGGCUGGCUUUGGGGUGCGUGUCCUGCCUCCUUCUCACCCCUCUCCUCCUCUACGAGAGGGAUUAAUUCAGCGGCGGCCCGGAGCCCAGCGAGGCGGCCGUGACGAGCCCAGUGGCGAUUGGCCGCCCGCCCGCCUGGCCCUGCCUUUAUAAUUUCCACCCGAGUGCAUCUGGGCUCUUAGGCAGGCGGGCAGGAGGCUCCUUCGGAUAGAGAGAGAGAGGCGCAGACCCACGCGAGAGAGGGAGCGCGCACGCACCUCCACACUCACACACACACAGGCGCGCGCCCCGAGAGACACCAGAAAGGCAGGCAGAGAGAGAAAGAGAGAGAGGGCGAGAAAGGAGAGCACUUUGCUCCCAACCCACCAGUGGCAACUUGCAGAAGAAGCACAGUCCCACGCAGCGGGUCAGUUCUGCAUCUCCUUGGAGUGGGUUUUGAUGUGGUUUCCCCAACUUUCGACCGAAAGAAGCCUACUUUGUGGGUGCUUGUGGGGAAGCCUUGAGGAUCUGAACCGGGGCUGAGGAGGAGGCGCCCGGCGGCGGAGAGGAGCAGCGCCUGCCUCGGAGGAGGAGGAGGAGGAAGAGGCCCCGAUUCCCGCUGCCGCCGCCCCCGCGCCUGCCAGCCGCGUUGGAUCCCAGCGCCUACUGCGAGACUCCGGUCUACAACCCGGAUCUCUGCCCCAACAUGAUCGCGGCGCAGGCCAAGCUGGUGUACCACCUGAACAAGUACUACAACGAGAAGUGCCAGGCGCGCAAGGCGGCCAUCGCCAAGACCAUCCGCGAGGUGUGCAAGGUGGUCUCGGACGUGCUGAAGGAGGUGGAGGUGCAGGAGCCGCGCUUCAUCAGCUCCCUCAAUGAGAUGGACAACCGCUUCGAGGGCCUGGAGGUGGUCUCGCCCACGGAGUUCGAGGUGGUGCUCUACCUCAACCAGAUGGGCGUCUUCAACUUCGUGGACGACGGCUCGCUGCCCGGCUGCGCGGUGCUGAAGCUGAGCGACGGGCGGAAGCGGAGCAUGUCUCUUUGGGUGGAGUUCAUCACGGCCUCGGGCUACCUGUCGGCGCGCAAGAUCCGCUCGCGCUUCCAGACGCUGGUGGCGCAGGCCGUGGACAAGUGCAGCUACCGCGAGGUGGUCAAGAUGGUGGCGGACACCAGCGAGGUCAAGCUGCGCGUCCGCGACCGCUACGUGGUGCAGAUCACGCCGGCCUUCAAGUGCACGGGCAUCUGGCCCCGCAGCGCGGCCCACUGGCCCCUGCCGCACAUCCCCUGGCCGGGCCCCAACCGCGUGGCCGAGGUCAAGGCCGAGGGCUUCAACCUGCUCUCCAAGGAGUGCCACUCGCUGGCCGGGAAGCAGAGCUCGGCCGAGAGCGACGCCUGGGUGCUCCAGUUCGCCGAGGCCGAGAACCGGCUCCAGAUGGGCGGCUGCCGCAAGAAGUGCCUCUCGCUCCUCAAGACGCUGCGCGACCGGCACCUCGAGCUGCCCGGCCAGCCGCUCAACAACUACCACAUGAAGACGCUGGUCUCCUACGAGUGCGAGAAGCACCCGCGCGAGGCCGACUGGGACGAGGCCUGCCUGGGCGACCGCCUCAACGGCAUCCUGCUCCAGCUCAUCUCCUGCCUCCAGUGCCGCCGCUGCCCGCACUACUUCCUGCCCAACCUCGACCUCUUCCAGGGGAAGCCGCACUCCGCCCUCGAGAACGCCGCCAAGCAGACCUGGAGGCUGGCCAGGGAGAUCCUCACCAACCCCAAGAGCCUCGAGAAGCUCUAGGCCGGAAGAGGAGCCGCGGGGGAAGGGGCCCUCCGUUGAGACUCGCCUUUGCCCCGCCACAAUCCCGCGUCGCCGUUGCCCUCGCCGUUCUCAAAACGCCUUUUGUUUUCCCUUCUUCUUUUGAUCACCUGGGGAAAUAAAAUGUCUGUCUGGAAAGAAAAUGUUUGUCGCUUCCGGAACAUGGCCAUACAGCCCGGAAAACUCACAACCCUGUGAUCCCGGACAACACAGGUUUCGCUUCUCUCACGCCAACCGCCAAGAUCAAUGUUUUGAAAAUUCUCUCUUUUUCCCCAUUCCAAAUCCGCCGCUACUAUAUGAGGGAAGGAGGGAGGAAGGGGCUCUCCAUUGAGACUGUCCUUUGGCCGAGGGAAGGCCAGGCGUCGUCCACACCACACACCACUCGCCGCAAACUCGUAGCAAGUAGCACCGCUUUCCCUGCUCACCAAACGGAUCACCAUUUUCAAAAGUCUGUCGAGAAAAUAAACGCCUCUUGUUUUCCCUUCUUCUUCUUAUCACCAAUCACCCAAGAAAUUUGUGCAGGAGAUAGGCCUCCCACAUGAUAGUAAAACAUCAACACUUCCUUGGAGAAGACAAAUUCUCUCACACCAGAAGCGGCUUGCAGUUUCUCAAGUUGCUCCUGACACAGAAAAAAACCCCGGGAUUUAAAAAGUCUGUCGGGAAAGAAAAUGUUUUGGCUUCCCCUCACGCCACCCGCCAGGAUCAACCUUUUGAAAAGUGUAGUUUUUAACCCCCAUCCCAAACCCGCAGCUAUUAUGACUAAAACUCGUUUCUUUUCGGUCGGAAAAUCAAAAGCGCGCCUUGUUUUGUUUCCUUCGCUUCCUUCCCUUCCUCCUCGUCCUCCUGACUUGGGAAAGGCAAUCUGGGCUGCCACUGAACCUGACUGUGACCACUCUGCCACCGCAAAGCCAGUCCCAUGGAAUAUAAUUUUUGGAGGCCAGCAAUUUUGUGUCUGUGUUUUUAAAAAAAUUAUGAAAAAAAAAUUGCCAUCAUUUCAAGCAAAAAAAAAAAAAAAAAACACCACCAAACACGCCAAGCAAAGAAAGAAGCUCUUCUCACCCGUCAUGGACCUUUUAAAAAAAACUUUGUAUGGAAUAUUGUGAUCUCACCUUGUCUUUGAAAUUGUGGAUGUUAUUAUUAGUGUUUUGUGCUUUUGGUGCAAAGAAGGUACAUUGCCGGUUUUUUUGGAUGCUUCUGGACAUUUUCCACUGAAGAAGAUGCCAUUCUUUUUUUUAAAAAAAGGUAGACGACAUCACGGUACUUUGGUUAAUCGUCUUUUGAAGUGUCUCCAAAGUUUACAUUUUUCUUUUCUUUCAAAUAUCUUCUUGCUCGUUCGAAUUUCUAACAUUCCAUAAAUAUACUUGAAAUGUUAUUUAAAUAUAUUCAGAAGAAAUUUGGGGUUUGUUUGUUUUUUUGCUUAUAUAUAAUUGUGAAUAUUGGAAUUAUCUAUAUUGGGGAAAAAUGCACUUGAAAUACACUGGAUAAUGAUUUUUUUGUGGCUUAAAAUUUCUGUUGUUGGUUUUUAUUUAAUGACAAGCUAAUAAAACAAAAAAGGAAACUAAA